AUGCACACGGCUGUCAAGACAGGCACCAAUAGUAUGUCACUGCUAGAUCUCAUGAUGACCUCUACAGCAAAGGAGCCGGUAGGGUCAUCCAAAACUACAAUUUUAUUUACCUUGGCCACUUCAGCUGAGACACCACAACCAAAUCAAAAUCCACCCUCAUCAACACUGGACAAAGUCAUUGACCCAAAUAAACCUUUACCCAUGACGACCAUGGCAACCACGACCACCAUGGCAACUGUGGAUACCUCGUCACCAACCACAACCAUACUGUGGCUCAGCACAGCCAGAUCUGAGACUCAGGAAAGAGACACUACAUCUGUACCCCCAACCCCAGCGACAAGCCCCACGAUGACAAGCAAGCCACCCGACCCACACCACAGCACAGUCACACAGACACCUUCCCAGCCAGCACAGACGGGCUCUACUGUCAGUGUGACUGAACUCACAACACCAUCACCAGCAAGGCCCAUCACCACUGGAAUGAGGUCAUCAAUGUUACCAAGCCAAGGGGAGGUAGACAUGACCAUGAUGACACCUUCAACGAUGUCACCGUCAAUGACGACAACGACACUUUCAAUGGCAUCAAGUGCUCCAGAGGAUGCCAUCCUGUCAUCUGGAACUGGGAUACCCACCGUGCCUGAGAAGUUAACUCUAACUCCAUCCUCAUCAACACCGGACAAAGUCAUUGACACAAAUAAACCUUUACCCACAACGACCAUAGCAACUAUGGAUACCUCGUCACCAACCACAACCAUGCUGAGGACCACUGUGCUCAGCACAGCCACAUCUGAGACUCAGGAAAGAGACACUACAUUUGGACCCCCAACCCCAGGGACAAGCCCCGUGAUGACAAGCAAACCACCCAACCCACACCACAGCACAGUCACACAGACACCUUCCCAGCCAGCACAGACGGGCACAAGUGUGGGCUCGGGUACAACCCAAUCAUCUGACCACUCUACAACCCUUGUUCUUAGCUCCUCAGAGACAACCAAAUCCUCCACUCUGAUUGGGACCCAAAAAGCAUCCCCCGACUCUAAUCAGAGCAGUGGUCCCGGAGGUGGUAUCUGUGCUUUCGAUGAGUAUCUAGUCAGUACCAGAGGUUGUGUGUGCAAUGACAGCUACUAUUCCCACUUGGAACUAUCCAGAGAGAUAGCGACCCUACGCUGCAGGCCACAGGACAUUGAGGUAUCUCUUUGGAGCUGCUUCCUGAAAACUCGACACUGGGUCCUGAAGCAAGAUACCUUCAAGAAGUGUUUCAGUGUCAAUGCGACAGAAGAGGGUCAUCGGGUCCAGGUCUUUCAGUUGGAGAAGAAGGAGGGAACGUGCGGACUCCACAUCUCUACCAACAGCAGCCACGCCCUGCACUCUUUGGAUGUGCACCUUGAACGGGCUCUCCCUGGCUCCAACAACACUAACUUCAGAGUGCUCCAGUUUAGCUGUGCCUAUCCACUGGUCGUGAACAUCAGCAAGCCUGUCUCCUACCAGGAGGUCUCCAUUCCCUCCAUCCAUGUUCCGAAUACUGGGGAGACUGUCGUUACCCUGAGCAUCUUCACAGAUUCUAAGCUCUCCACUCCACUUAAGAACAGUACAGCGCCUGUUGGCAUGCCUCUCUAUGUGGUCCUCAAGUCCACGGACAGUGAUCCUGACCGGUUUGCCCUGGUGGCUAACCAGAUCUUUGCAAGUACCAACGUUUCCACCACAGAGGCUAAGGCCACUUAUCAUUUUGUGAAGGAGAGCUGCCCAGUCCAGGGCCGGAUGCUCCAGGACUUAAGCAAUGGGGCCUCCAUAUAUGUGAUACUGGCUUUCACUCUCUCACGAUUCUUGAAUAGUGACACACUCUACUUACACGCCCAAGUGACCCUUUGUGACAAGCAAGUGGGACACCCAUGCCAACCGUCUUGUAGUGGGAAGAAUCCCCUGAGGAGAAGUUCACCCUGGGACACUCGAGCUGGGAUGCACAUGGAGCCUAGCGGUGGCAAGUGGAUCGUGUUUGGACCUCUUCGAAUAAGUGAGUCCAGAGCCUCGGGCAGCAGGAACUCGGCAGGAGCCUGGAUAUCCAUCUUUCUCCUGAUCAUGAUUGGCUGGAUCCUGGAAUAA